ACGACAUGGAUGACGGGCCCUCUUGUGGAUGGAGAAAAUAUCUUGAGGUUAAAGGUUGAUUUUGUUGUUGUUUUGGACUCCGCUACAUAUCGAUCGGGUCCUAAUAAAGUUCUUAUUACAGAAUUUAGAGGAGUAACAAAGGAUAUUUAGAGCAGAUUUACCUGAAACCACCAUGGAUUAUAUGCCUACCUCAUUGAGCCAGGCGGCUGAUGAUUAUGCAAAGUGGCCUCUAUUUCCUGCAUUGGACAUAGCACAUUAUAUUUUAAUGGUUCUAGUGACAAGAGAAGACAUUGGGCAUAAAUCCCUUAGUCUGUUACCUAUGCAGCAUGCUAACUUGUUUUGCUGGUGGUAUUUUGGCAAAUUUUCUGCUUGGAGCACCCGUGAUGCAGCCAUUUGCAAAUACUCAAGGAGUUAUUGCAGCUACCAUUGUCUGGUACCUUGUAUUCUACUCACCUGGCGAUUUCUUCUACAAGCUCAUUGUAUCCACACCAGGCAAGUUGGUGGUGAUAUCUCUGAAGGAGCUGGCUAGAGCUCGCAAGAUAUCUAUGGGCAUUAAGCAAUCCCAUGCUCUCUACCCUGAUGCUAUCUUCAUAAUGAUCAUGGUUGGAGCUGCUAAAGCUAAUGGCAGCAGUUUAAUGAAGAAUUUUGAACGGCUUCUGCGUGGAACAUGGAACCCUAGUACAAAUGAACUUAUUUUACCAUCAUUCACACUGAAGGCAUCAAUCAUUGGAAGCAGUCUAUUGGUAUUGCAGCACCAGGGCUAUAUACCAAUUGACUACAACAUUCUCAUGAUGUGCAUCUCCCUUUCUACAAUGAGCUUCAAAAUCGCUGUCCUGUUUUUCGACGUACACGAUCCAUUCAACAUCAUAGAAGAUUACACAAAGCCAACAGUAUUCGGAAAGAAUGAAGUUCCCAAAAAGGUGAAGAAAUCAAAAGGGGAGUGAAUGAUGACUGGAUAAAAUACGUCCAUAUUGCCGUCCAGGUUUUAGUGGAUUGGAGUCCGUUCAGAUUUAUCAACAUUUUGAUGAAUGCAAAACAGAAUAUGCAUUGUGGAGUAUAUUACUAAAGUACUAAUAAAUGUAGUAUGAGUGCAAUAAAGACAAACACAGUUAUUUGCUCAUCUUUAUGCUGCAGUGAAAGGUAACUUGAUAAGCAUGAUGAAAAUAAAACAGUUCAUUUUCCACAAAAUACAAACAGUAUUAAGAUGUAUCGUAAAUGCUUGAAUAAGCACCUCUAUUGAAAAAGUGCAGCUCUUGAAGAAGCGUUGCUGUGCUUAAUCAAGAGUACUUUAUUACCCUCUGUGAAAUAAGACACUUUGAGAAACAGGGUUUUAAAUACAACGUAUACAGUGUUAAACUGCAUAAAUAACACAAUGGAGACAUAAGUGGCCUUAUAAACGUUUAUUUACGAUGACGUGGGAGCUAUGAUAGGCCUACCGAACUACAGGGAUAGGCGAGAUAGGUGACAUGGGAACGGGCAUGAAAACCGCAAUGCCAAUGUGUUUUAUAAGCACUGCACCGAAAAUUUUAUAAGCGCCGGGGCUCUUAUUCAAGCAUUUACGGUACAUCACAUUAUUUCAAUAGUAUGCUUUGUAAAAUAAUGCAAGCCACAUUAUGGGAUUCAGUAUUUCAUUAAAGGUAUAAAAUGGGUUUCAAGUGCACGAAGGCACAACUGCACUUGUAAUUCCAUAAUCACAAAUACGUCCUAAUCAUAGGUGCUUAUACUAAGACAAUCACAUUCUUAAAUAAAUAUUUGAUGAUGCUUAUGUAGUAAAAGUUUUCUUAGGUUUUAGUUGAAGUCUUAAGCUCCGUUCACACUGACUUGUUUGAUGAAUUUUAUUGUGUGAAUUGCCCAUAUAUGGGCAUAAUGAUGUCAUUUGAAUAUAUCAAUGUUAGUUUUAACUAGAUCUUUAGAAUUGCCAUGUCAUAAUGAUUGGUCUGUAUUAUUUAGUGUCUUGAUUUGCACUGAUGGUCUAAUAUGCUGAUGUUUUGAUAUUAAUAUUUUAAUAACAUUAUUAAACAAAUUAUAUUUAGGUGAAAUUUAAAAUUUGUUUUAAUUACUAAACAUGUUAUCUUUUGCACCUGCAUUACAAUUUUGUGACACACUGUGUAAGAGGGAACUGUCCUAGAGGCCUUAUCACUGUGGUUUAUGGUGUAGAAUAGGGUUAUCAACACCUUAUAAAACUAGGCUGUGAACCAAACCAAAAAACCAAAGAAAAUCACCAAAAAAAUAGACAGUAAUGGCAGGGUCAAGUCAAAAUGCAUCAGAGAUGUGGUUUGUGCUAAUAACUAAGUUUGAAUCUAACUACUGUAGUGAAAUAUAGCAGUGGCAAAUCUGUUUACAAUACGUAUAAAUAAUGUCUGGUUGAUUUUGAGAGAAGACAAAAUUUCGAGGUUAUAGAGAUGUGGUUAAACUGUUGCUGAGGAAGCAACAGUGUAUCCCCAUCAUAAAUGUUUUUGGCAGGACAACUCAAUUAAAAAAAGUUUCAGAUUGACUCUCUUUGUUUUUUACCGUGAGAAUACUAUCUCAAUUUAUUUACAAAAUGAAUAAAUGGGUUGUUCAAAUAA